AUGGCCAAUGUGCCAUGGUUCAGCCUGCUGACAAUGGUCACCAUUUCCGCCACUCUCUCUUUCAUGGCAGAUGAGGAAAGAAACUUAAGGCAUAAGAAAAGUUCAUAUAAUGAUAUUUUUCCAAGUUCAGAUGUAUAUAGUGUUGAUGCAAAUCUGUUUUCAGAUAAGUUUAUGUUUAUGCAAAGUGGGAGAGAUAUGCCAAGACUGCUUCGGAGGGAUCGAAACCUUCGAAAAGAUGGUCUCCAUGAGCUUCAGUGGUGUCGUGUCCUACAAAUCCAUGCUCCAACAACCGGCAAGCAAUCACGCGUGACUGCAAUCAACCUGUGCAAGCAGCAGGCUGCGUGCCUCUCGUUCUCCCUCAACUACACCUCUUCCUCCUGCAUAUCCUACAACGUGAACUCUGUCGGCAGAGGAGAUGACAUCGUCCCAGCAAAGCUGUCAACUUCUUCGAAAAGAUAUGCUUUAGGGGAGUUUCCAAACAAGCAUUCGAUUCCGCCUGUCGAGAUCGACUCUGGGUAUUUGACAGGGUCCACGGCGCCUAUCUGGAGGGGCAUGUGGACAAAGAAGCAAGGAAAUGUUCGAACGAAGGAAGAUUGCGAAAAGCUUUGUAUAACAGAAGAAAGAUUCAAGUGCAGAUCAGCAGACUACGACGAGAAUCAACACACCUGUCGAAUGAGUCGAGAAACGCGGCGCACCAAACCGAAUGCGUUUCGAGUAGCUCCAGGUUCAGGAAGGAAUUAUCUAGAAAAUCAAUGUGCACCUCCACCACCUGCAAGUUGUCGAUACGAAACAAGAUCGGAUGUCACCCUCCUCACUCCAGAUUAUCUACAAUUCGCUGCAUCUGCAACUGACUGCAUGGAUCAAUGCGAUGCUGAAACGGCUUUCAACUGCUGGUCUUAUAGCUAUGUAGAUAAUCGCUGUCAGCUGAGUGGAGAUAGCAGCGUUACCUGGGGAAAAGAUGUGAAACUACCAACCCAUCCUGGUGCAGUUUAUGGAGAGCUAAAAUGUUUCUUUGAACAAUGUGACAAUGGUGUAAUGACUUUUGAGAAGAUGACAGGAGUUCUACUUCGAUCGGCUCAAGGGACUAUGAUGAAAGUUACCAAACCUGGAGCACUGGGCAACACCUUGGAAUGCGCUCAGAUCUGUCUGGAAGAUGGUACGGAAUGCCCUGCGUUCAGCGAUCAUUACCAUAACAUGCGAUGUGACCGACUGGACAGGAAUUCCAAUGGUAGAACUCAAGAGCUCAUUGCGAGAGAUGGGGAGAGUUACUUUGAGAAAAUAUGUUUACAAGGUCCAGAAGCUCAAGCAUGUUCAGACAAGGCUUGGGCGUUCGAACGUGCUUUGGGAUACGAGUUGUCUGACAGUCUUUACCAGAAAACCAUUAGCAAAGUUGAAACACGAACAAGUUGCAUUCAGUUGUGCCUUUCUGAGCGGGAGUUCGUCUGCAGGUCUGCGCGCUAUAAUGAAGAGAGUGGCGAAUGCAAGCUGUCUCCAGCAGACAGAAGAACAGAGCCAAUGAAAUAUUACAGAAGUGAAGAUGCUAGAGUCAGUUAUUUAGAAAACAGCUGUUUACCAGUGGAUACAUCCUGUCCUUACGUCGAAACCGAAGAUGCUUAUCCAACUUAUGCAAACAUAAUACAAACCGAAGGUGUUUCCACAUUGGAAUCCUGCAGGGAAUUGUGCAACGAACUUACCAGGUUUUCUUGUCGAUCUUUCUCCUACUACUCCAGUGCCUUGCAGUGUUUCCUAAGUGGGGACGAUAAAGCCAGUGGGGGAUCUGCUGCAAUCCAGCGACGGCCUGGUAUCAUCUACUACGAACGCAUGUGUCCACAAGCCACCACCAGCGAUUCCUUACCAACAGACACGACAAUACCUGAAUUAACAGUAACAUCAUCCGUAUCAGUACCAACACUGGGACUAUCCAGCAACACUCAGCCUCAGUUCCAAGAAAAGGAAACGACUCUAAAGACAAGACCACCAUAUCAACCGCAAGAACCCUCACGGCCAGAGUGUUCUCCAACAGAGCGCCUCAUUUUCGAGAAACUGACCGGCUACGAGCCCUUCGGGGUGACAUCUACUCUUCUGUACCGGGGUGACAGUUCAACGCCGGGCAUCACAGCCGAAUGCGUCCGGCGAUGUCAGGCAUUGUCCGACUGUCGCUCUUUCGUUCUGGAUCAUCAGAGAUUCGAGUGCAGUAGCGUGCAGGACCCUCCCAGCAUACAUCCGGCAGAUUUCAGAGCAUCUAUUGGAAAGACGUUUUUCGGGGGGCUUUGUGUUCCAGCAUACGUUGGCUGUUCCAAUCUGUGGGUUUAUGAGCGAAUCAUAGAUCAUGAAUUACAAGGACUAACGCCUAUUGAUGUUGUUCGCGUGGUCAGUCUGGAGCAAUGUCAGCAAUUCUGUCUUGAAACCAGAAAGUACGUGUGCAGAUCUGCCAACUAUUUUCAUCUCAGAAGAGAAUGCCAAAUUUUCGGCGAUGACCGGAAUGCUGAUAAAGCCAAGUUAGUGGAUUCGAGUCGCGUCGACUAUUUUGAAAAUCAGUGUCUUGUCGAAACUUCAUUCUGUCCCUAUCAAAAGUCCGAGGAAGAUCUGGCAAUGAUCUAUGUGACCAAAUCGCUACCGGACACACUGUCCACUCUGCACUGCGAAAGGGAAUGCAAUAGAGAAAGGGAAUUCAAUUGCAGGAGUUACACUUACUGGGACAGAGGUGCCCAUGGCAGUGUCUGCAUGCUGAGUGCCGAAAGCAGAUUCACAGGACAAGGAAUCGGACUGACUUAUCGGAAGGGUGCCACUUUCUCUGGCAAAAAUUGCAAAAUAUCCAUUACUGAUAGCAGGCAGCAGCCUACAGUCCAGCCUCCUGAUGAUCAUGCUGCAACCAAAGGCACGGCAGCAACUUUCCCAACUAGGCCUACAGAACUUCCUACUUUCAAACCACCACCUCAUAAACCCCCUCCUCCUCCGCCCCCACCGCCUCCUCCAAUACAUCCUAUGCCACCUCCAAUAUGCAGCAUUAAUCAGUUCACUUACGAGAAAGUGAUUGGACAUGAUGUCAGAGGAGGGAGACGAGAAAGAAUACCCACUCGAGUGCCAGUAGGAGUUGUGCAGUCCUGCCAAGCUGAAUGCCAAAGACUUGGAGAGAGAUGCCAAGGCUUUGUGGUUCAAUAUCAGAGUUAUCAGAAUUGUUAUGUGAUCCUUAGAGAUCCGACUGAUGAACCUAUUCUUGUACCAUCUUUUGAUUCCGUAUACUUUAAUAAAGUUUGUUUGAGAGAAAGGACAUGUGGGAAGCUGUGGACUUUCGAAAGAUAUUUGCAUCACGAACUACACGUGGAGCCUAUUCGUGAAAUUGCAGGUGUUCUGGAACGCGCGGACUGCGAGGACCUGUGUCUGCACGAAGCCCCUCAUUGCAAAUCUGCAGUGUACCACUACCUUGAAAGAACGUGCUUCUUGUUCUCGGAGAACAAGCGUUCGGCGGCUAAUCGUUUUCAUUACACAAGUGAAGAAGUGGAGUACUUGGAUAAUCAAUGUACAUCAGAAUCACCUACAUGUCAGUACCGAGAAUUUCCUGACCGGUUUCUACCACAACUGGAUCGGCUCACCAGAGCUUACAACCUAAAAGAUUGUCAGAGACAGUGUGAUACCGAACGAAGCUUUGUUUGUCGAUCGGUUAAUUACGAAAUAGUAGCAAAAGACUGCGCUUUGAGCAGUGAAGACAUAUCCAGCUUACCACAAGGCGUAAACGCACUUCAGCCGCGAAGAAACUCUCUGUACAGUGAGAAGGGCAGUUGUGAGCAAGUGUCAGUCCAGUGUAAUCCGCAAGACAUGUUGCUGACAAUUCACUUCGACAGCCCUUUUCAUGGCCGAGUUUAUGCCAGAGGAAACCCAUCACAAUGCUUCGUGGUAGGAACUGGACAAACUUCUCUUCAGUUCGCAAUUUCAAUGGGAGCAAGAUGUGGUACUACAGCAGAAACAAGCGAUCAGUUCGUGAACGAAGUGGUGGUCCAGCAACAUCCGGUCAUCAUGACGGAUCACGACAAGACCAUCAAAGUGGUGUGCUCUUUCGAAACGCAAGAACGGACAUACACUAUGGCAGGUCCCGGUGUAGGCGGAAGCGGUGCUGGUGUGGAUGUAGCGAGAACAUACAAUAAAGCUGCACUAACUGCUGUUGUGACGAAUACGGCUCCUCCACCCAAUGUGGCGAUGAGAGUUCUAGACCGAACAGGACGAGACGCCAGAGCAGUCGGAUUAGGAGAAGAACUGACGUUGAAGAUUGAACUGCGAGAAGCAUCCAGUGCAUUUGCCAUUUUUGCACGAAACUUAUACGCUCGAAGUACUAAUGGAGAAUCAUUAUUCUUAAUAGACAGUUCUGGCUGCCCAACUGAUGCUACAAUAUUUCCAGCUUUGCAAUUAGAUCCGACCGAUCAUAAGUCGCUAAUAUCAACUUUCAAGGCUUUCAGAUUCCCUUCAUCUGGAAUGGUGAAUUUCGAGGUUCAGAUUCGGUUUUGCCAAGAAAAAUGCGAACAGGUUCGUUGUGGUAGCAAAGGGCAUUCUUACGGAAGAAAAAAGAGGGACCUGAAGAAUAUUCCAUUUGACAACAGAACAAACUUUUCACUUUUGGAUGAUGAAGACGUGUACUUUGAUCAUGAUAACUAUGACACUAUUCGGGCAGUUGUUCAAGAAGAAUCACAAUCGAUGAUCCUUCCUGCAGCUGAUGACCCUAUGCAAAAUAAUGAUGGCAGCACUGAAACUACAACAGUUUUUUCUACGACAGUCUAUGGAACAUUUUCUGAUUCAACCCAUCAACUUAAAUCUGAAGGAAAAACUGGAAGUCAUUUCUCAAGUGAUAAUCCACCUACAAAUUCGGGAGAAACUCUCACAGAAUUAGAAUUCGAAACUGAAUCCCAUAGAAUAAAAGAAAAAGCUACCGAAACUUACACUUUUUCGGGAAUUUCAGCACAAUCAAAAUCUGGAACUGAAGCUCCUGCAGAUAAAAGCACUACUAAAGAAUCAUAUUUGUCUCAAGAAACUGUAUCGAUGACUCCUGUACCGGAGUCCACAGAAACCCUAACUGAUUCAACGAAUACAAAAGGAUUUGAAAACCGAAUUACCACUAAAUCUGAUACCGCAAAUUUAAAAAUAAAAGGGAAGGAAAAAACUGAUAAUCCUCAUCGAUCUUCAAUUUUCAACAGAAAAUUUGCCUUCAUUCACAACGAAGAUAAUAAUACCAAUCUUUACACUACUCCAAUUCCAUCACAUAUUCAGCCACAAACAAUAAGUUAUUUGGCAUUCAAUAAUAACGAAACCGAACGUCGAGGCAAUUUAGAUAAAAGAAUUAAUUUCGCUAGACCAGAUAUCAAAACACUUGAUGAUGCUCAUACUCCAGUGCCAGCAUAUCAAAAUCCAAAUCGUCCUUUCUAUGGAAGUGACAGAUGGUCAUCUAUUUCAAGGAAGGAUCCCUUUUCAGCAAACAGAAAUCCAUAUUCUCAACAAAAUAAUCGAAUGCCAGAUUUGGACAGAAAUCCAGACAGAAAUAGAGGACACGAUACUCUCCAUCCAACGAACACUGAUAAAAUCCAUCCAUUACCACUCAAUCCACAAAGAUUAGUAGACAAUGUUGAUCCAUCAAGAAAAUGGAAUGCUCCUUCACCACAAGGUACUGAUUCCAUACCAGGACAUCACCCUGUUUACCCUCCUUUACAAUCUCAUCCUAUUGAAAUACAUGAAAUUCCUGGAACUUGGGACGGAAACAAAAAUAGAGAUCCACCUCAUCAGCAAAAGCCUGUGGUUCCACCUUAUAACAUUUAUAAUUCACAAGAUAUGGACAACAGACAACCUAGAGUUGUUACAACAUCUCCAAAUUUUCAAAACAGGCCUCGGGAGAUAAACACAAAUGUAAAUACUUGGGGUAUGCAAGGACAGCAAUCCACAGGUGUUCAAAUUCAAAGGCCUCUAGAGAUCUUAGACCACCCAAGUCAAAGACAUGACAGGCAUCCUAAUUAUCCUCAAGGGAGACCAACAAACAAUCAACCAAGACCUAUUGAAAUUCCGAAUCCUCAGGAUAGAAAUCCAUACCCUCCAAACCGAUAUGAUUAUAACAGACCAAUUUCUCAGCCAAGACCGGCAGAAAUACCAAACCAGCCAAGCAAUCCACAGCCGUGGAAUAAUAAUCAUAACAGAGGUAACAGUAUGCCAACGGUUCCACCACCAAUAAAUAUUGAAUCAAAUAUGUGGAGCAAUAAUUCUCCAACAAUUACUAGAUCUCCACCACGAGGCUUUAACAGACCUGAUGAUACACAAAUGCAGAGACAACCAUAUCCCCAGCCAUCUCCUUCUGGACAAAAUCCUCAAAGAAAUGACGAAACGUGGAGGAAUAAUCCAUCAAGACCAAGCAAUACAAAUUCUGUACCAGGAAGAAAUAAUUUUUAUGCAUCUCAGCCGCAAUUUAGGCCAAGUGAAGUUAUCGCUACUACACAAAAGUCCGUUCCUGAAGAGGUUCCUUUGUCUUUAGCCAUAUUAGUGGGUGAAGAUGGAAAAAGUCAAAAUUCUGCAAAUCAAAAACCUAAACAACAAUGGAGACCACCAACACAGUUCAACAGAGGUCUUCAAAGACACAAUAUCAUAAACACUCCAAGGCCAGAAACUGUUGAUGAGGAUAAAGUUUGCACUUCCAAAGCAACAGUUAUUGCAACAGCAGUCUCAGUUACUCUUGUUUAUCUUGGAGUAGUUGCCGGAGCAAUUGUAGGAUACAGGUGGCACAGGAAAAACAGGAGAAGAAAAGCCAUGACAACAGCUCAUCCUGUCCACUACCCGCCAAAUCCAACAAACCCUAAUGUUACAUACAGCAGCCCAGAUGUGACAUUCAGGAAUGUGUAUGGAAAUUUUCCAGUCAGUUCUACCUCGACGACAUAACAACAUGCAGACCAUGUUAAUAAUAAUCAAAAGAAUCUUGGAAAAGUCUUUAACUCAGGAAGAAUGGGAUAGGUAAAAAAUGUGGACACUUUUGUGAAUUGGGUAGAGCUGAAAUUUAGAGUUAUCAUUUGUGAUGUAAAAAAAAUUUGACAAAGGUGUAGAGAACAAUAUUUAGAAUAGAUAUUAAAGAGGAUAUAAAUAAAAUGAUAAACUCAAAAAAAGAAAAAGAAAUUGGAUCUUAGAAAAAAAACUUAUACAUUCGUCACAAUGAUGAACAAUCUUAUUUUCAGAACUUGAGACAUUUUCAAGAAUGAAAAAUCUCAUAAGACAAGAAGCAUGAUAAAACUCAAAGAAAGUUACACUGAAUCCAGUAAAAAAAAAACUGACAUAAACUGGAUUAAAUGUGUAUUAUACCGACGGUGCUCUUUUAAGUAUUUGAUGUUUAUGUGUGUGUGUGUGUGAAAUAUUCAAAACAAAAUUUCAAGAAAUAUUACUUGUAGUUUAAAAAGGGGACUGUUGUUUUUAUAACAAGUUUUGAGUUCAUCAAUGAAAUAUAAAGAUGAUUCAGAAAAAGUUCAUCAAGAUGCAUCAUAGGAAUACAUGCUUUAGUUACGAUUUAAGUGUAAAUCUAAAUGUGAAACGUAUCACUAUUAUUUUCAAAAUUGAAAUAAGAAAUAUGGUACCUAAAUUUAAUUUAAACAGAUUUUAAAAAGAGCCAAAAAUUAUUUUUUUUAAAA